UUGUGUCAAAUCGUGAACAUGGCUGAUGCUGCAGCUCGUCGUGAGGCUCGCAGAAAAAGAAUUUUAGAGAAUUCUCACAACAGGCUUCAGCUUAUAUCAGGCAAAAACAGUGACGAGUUACCCAGAGAGUCAACAAAUAAGUCUCCGAUACCUGAAAUUUACGAGCCUACCAUAAUAACAAACAUCGAAGUGUCUAGUGAUUAUUCUCUAUUAAAUGGUAUUCUUGGGAAUGUCGAUUCUGAAGUGGAGACCACUCAUACGUUGCCAUCGAGGCAUGACGUCGUUGCAGCAGGUGAUGGCGAGGUAGUGAAUGACUUGGCAGCUUUUGCACCCUCGUCACCCCCAGAACAACCUCAAACAUCGCCGUGGACGACUCUCGUGACCUUCAAAUAUGACAUAGUACUGUUGUCAUUGUUGUUACAGUUCAUUCAUGGUGUGGCUUCAAUUCCAAUGGACAACACGUAUUUUUUUCUCCCACUCAUAAUAUAUUCUGUUACAAAAUUAGUCUGGUUCCCCAAGCAGAGCAAUUCCAAUAUUGCACAUGUACUGUUACUAUUAAACGGAUUGUCUGCAAGUAGACUGCAUAAAAUGUUAGAAAUAUUAAAAUGGAGUAGCGCCAUAAGCCAGGACAUUUGCGUUUAUUUGUUUACUACCAUUUGCAUUCAGACACUAUUCAUCACUUUGAAAGACAGUUUAGUUACUUAGUAAUGGCUUGAAUAGCCGAGUGGAGGGCAUUGUUUUGACUGACAGACAACUUACAAUAGCUGGCUAGAUGAACUCUACAGUGUUCCAUAGUUUGAUUGCUUGUGCCUUUAUACAUAAGUGAGAGGAUUGACAUGUGUGCGUUUUAGUCACAUAUUGCCAUUUUAGUUUUUAAUAAAUCAAGAACCAGUUUUUAUAACAACCAAUUAUAGUAUAAAUUAACAGUUUUUAAUUGCUCAUUACAACAAAUGCACACGACUAAAGUAAAAUGUACUUACGUAGUGUGUAAAUUCUAAUCAUUAUUUUAUUUCUAUUAACUUAUUAACCAUAUUUUUGCUUAGUUAUGUCAUGUGCGUCUAAUAUAUCUUACACUCUAAUGCAUUUAUUUGUAUUUAUUCACUAAUACCCCUUAAAUACAUAAAUAAUAUAUUCACCUGUUCUUUAUAUGUAUAAGUUGUUUAGAUAAAUGAUAGUAAAAUUUUAAUAUGCCAAAUUAAAGAUUGAUAUACCUAUCAAAGCAAUAUUUUCUGCUUCAUAUAUUAACAAAUUAUAACAUUUUUAUAUGAAAACAAGUUCAGCAAAAUUGUACAUGGCCUAAUAACCUGAUAUUAUUAUUUCAAUUUUUAGAAGAUUAUUUCCUUUGUCUUUUAUAUCUGCAAUAAUUAUUAUAACUUUGUGCAAUUUUACAUUUAUAUUGUAGUUAUUAUUAACAAUUAUUAUGUGAAUUACCAAAGUACAUAAUUCUUAUGCAAACAAACUCGGGGUAGAUUUUUUAAUUAUCAGGCAAUAUUUAUAGAAAAUAUUAGAAUAUCUAUUUAUUCUUAUGAUAAAAAUGAUAAAAUUAGUCUGGUGAUUGAAAAAGCUGCUCUGUUAGAAUGAUAUACUUGCACUUUUACUUGUAUAGUUUCAAUUAUCAAUUUAAUUCCGUUGGUGUAAAUAAAAAGGUCACUCAAUUGUAAAUAAAAGGUUUAUUGUAAUUAUAUUUUGUAACAAUUGAAAUAAAAAAGGGUCUUUAAAACAGAGUUGUUGUUUAUCAUUGAUCCCCUUCUGCCAUCCACACAGCAUCAAAUAAAAGCUGUAAUGAGGUAUUAGAACAUUAAAGAAAUCUUCACACUAAGAUUACUUACCUACUUUUAAUAAAUUAGAACAUCAAGUACCCUUUAUUACGUAGGCCCUCUACAUACUAAUAUAGCAUUUUAAAUAAUUUUUAAAUUGAGACAAAAUAAUGUAACCUAUGAUAGUAGUAAUAAAAUGAACAAUGACAACACACAGUCGUUGGGAGAGGCUAAGGACAUUAAUUGCAAUGUGGUUGCUAUUCUAAACAUAACUACCUACCUGGAAAAGAAAUCUUUUAUAAGGCAUUUAUUUUGAUGAACAAUGAGAUUUACACAAUAUCGCCUACCAAGAGAUGGCGCUAGUUGUAUAUAAAAUCCCAGAUCCCAUCCUCAGAACCAUAUUUUCCCAUUUCAUUUCAUUCAUUGAAAUAAUAAAAAUAUUUUACCCUUCAUGUUUCCCACACAAUUUAAAAUAUUCCACAUUAUAUGGCACUAGGAUUUAAUGUUAAUAUAUUAUUCAUUCCAAAAUGAGGGGACCAACAUUAUGCCAUUUUUAAAGGAAUUUUACCAUGUUAUAAACCAAAUAAGAUGAUUUAGAUUACAUGCUACUGAUAAAAUAGCAAUGUGUAAUAAGAAUAAAAUGGCAGCAAUGAAACAUGUUCAUGUAGUCAAAAGUAUAUUUACAUAAACUAAAGUACAUGCUAAUAUGUAAGAAUGUGUGAAGAUGAAAUACCAGUGGAAAACAAAUGUGAUAAACAUCGAAAACAAAU